AAUUAAUCGAUGAAUUAACUUAUUUUGAUAAGUUUAAUAGCUAUAUCUUUAGUAUAAGCAGAUCUUCCUGUUCAUUGUCUUAAACAUUAGAUUGUUGGAAAAUGGAAAAUGGAAGUUUCUGGAGUUUAAUUAAAAGGUAAAGGUUCACUACCUUGCGGUCAUCAUGUUCCUGAUACAUAACAUUCAUCAUAUAAAGCUGGUUGGGAAGAUUUUCGUGCUUCUGAUUCUUUUGAAUUAAACUUAGGAAAUGAUUAUACUGUUACAGAUAAAGAGAGAAAAUCAACUGGAUCGUGGACUAUGGUAUAUGAUGAAGGAUUUGAAGUUGAACAUAAUGGAAUUAAAUAUUUUGCAUUUUCUAAAUAUGAACCAAAUGGAGUUGAUUAUAAAUCAUUCUGUGGUGAAACUUUGAUUGGGUGGUAUAAUAACUAAAAGACUGGUGAAAAAGGAUGUUAUAGAGCUAUGAAAUCUGAUGGUAAUGUUGAUGCAACAGAUUCCUAUAAACUUAUUAGUGUUGUUUAACCAGAAUUUAUUUAAAAAAGUACAAGACAUGAUGAUAGAGUGAAAUUAAGUAAAGGCUUCACAAAUCAUAGAGAAGCAGUUGAAAAAUUAAAUAGUAUUCCAAAAUUAUGGAAAGCAUAAGCAUAUGAUAAUUUAGAAGGUGUAAAUUUGUUAGAAUUGAACAAGAUGGCAGGUAGAAGAAAGCAUUAUCAAGGGAAAAGUUUAAAGAAAAGCUCUUUCAGUUAAAUAAAAAGCAGUGAUGUAUCAGAUCUACCAAAAUCAUAUAGUUUAGAAAGAUAUCUUGAUCCACCAAGAUAAUAAAAAUAAUGUGGAUCUUGUUAUGCUAUAUCAACAAUGGAAAUGUUAUCAGCUAGAUUAAAAAUGAAAGGUGAAAAAGUAACAUUAUCACCUUAAUAUUCAGUGGAUUGUAAUUAUUAUAACUAAGGUUGUGAUGGUGGAUAUCCAUUUUUAGUAGAGAAGUUUGCAUCUGAAUAAUACUUAGUGACAGAAGAACAAUAUCCUUAUAAAGGUGAUGUAGGUACAUGUAAAAAGAUAGAUUAUUCAUCAUAACAAAAAGUUUAUGGUGCUAAAAACUAUAAAUAUAUAGGAGGUGGUUAUGGAUUAAGUAAUGAAAGAGAUAUAAUGUUGGAAUUAUUUAAUAAUGGUCCAGUAAUUAUGAAUUUUGAACCUGCAUAAGAUUUUAUGUAUUAUAAAAGUGGAAUAUAUCAUUCAGUUGCUUAACAUGAUUGGUCUACUUCUGAUCAUCCUGAAUGGGUAUUAAUAUUAAAUUAAUUAUAAUAAGGAAAAAGUAGAUCAUUCUGUAUUAUGUUAUGGAUGGGGUGAAGAGAAUGGAGUUAAAUUUUGGUUAUUAUAAAAUAGUUGGGGAUAAUAAUGGGGAGAAAAUGGAAAUUUUAGGUAUUUUAUUUAUUUAAUUAUUAUUUUAAAAGAAUGAAAAGAGGAGUUGAUGAAUCUGCUAUUGAAAGUAUGGCUGAAGCAGCUGAACCUAUUAUUUAUUCUAAGUCUUCAGGAGAAUUUAUUGAAUUAAAAUAGUCUAAUCUAAGAAAGUAAUGA